AUGGAACCGGAGCCGACCACUGCCGCUCUCCUCGAGGCUAUCACAGCCCUCACUGCCACCGUCGGGUCCUUGCAGGCCCAAAUCAUAUCCCAGGGCCAACAGCUCAUUGAGCUUAAAGCCAUAUGCAAGGAAACCGCCGACCUCCUUGGGGAUAAAGAUCAAGGAGCCCCACAAGCCCAGCCUGGCCCAUCGACUGGGCCUGUCACCCCUCCUACCCACUCAGGGGGGGAGACCCACACUCCAGGCACGGUUAGGCCUGGGCUCAAGGCCCCAUUCAGGCCAUCAAGAGGAACGGGAUUCGACUCCGAGGAAGACGAGGAACCAAGACGCCCCAAAAAGGAGCCUCAAGGAACGCCUAGAAGGCACCUCGGGUCCCUUACCCCCUUUGAUGCAGGGUCCAGCGUAAAGAGACCCAAGAUGGAUCUCCCUGAACCAUACAAGGGAGACACGAGGGGCCGCAAAGCCACUCAAUGGCUGGAUCGAAUGAUGCUAUGGGUAGCUCUCCAUUGCGAUCAAUUUGACAAAGAAGAGCAGAUGGUCGUGUGGAUUUUAUACCACAUGACAGACAAGGCCGCCGACUGGGCCCUUCCCAUCAUCGGGAGCAUCAUCAAGGGCGAGGGUAACCCCCCUACCACCAUCCAGGCCCUCACAGCCAAAUUUAAGGAGGCCUUCGCCGACCCCAAUGCCAAACGGGCAGCCGCCAGGAAAAUUGCGGUCCUCUCCCAAACUACCACAACCUCCGAGUAUGUCACGGAGUUCCGCAACCUCAUGGCGGAAUUAGACUGGAACGAGGAGGCCUAUAUCGCACAGUUCACGCGAGGCCUCCACUGGAAAGUCAAGGAACUGCUAUCAACCAAAGAUAGUGUUCCCGAUGAACUCGAGGCAAUUUUUGCGGCCUCUAUCAAAAUUGACAACAUCCGCCGCAAAAAUGAGGAGAACCGCCCCAAAAAGGCACCAGCCAAAUCCCCGACCACGGUAACCACCUCCACUACCACCACUCAACGGGUCCGCCUAUCUGAGGAUCCCAAUUACGUCACCCCGGAGGAAAGGGACCGCUGCCGCGCGUCUGGCCUAUGUGUCAAGUGCGGACAAAAGGGGCAUGGCAUCAAACAAUGCCCCAACGGUUGGAAGGCGACCAUCAAGGAGGUUGCCAAGCCCCUGGCCCCAAAAUUAGAUGUGCAUGUAUCAGAUUGCGAAUUUGUAUCUUUGGCUCUGGACUCAAAUAAAAAGCCCCUAUUAUUUAUCAAUCUUGAACUGCACGACUUCCCAACGGAACACCUCAGAACCCUUAUUGACUCAGGAGCCACAUUGAACUUCAUCUCCCCCUCGAUUGUGGAAAAAUAUAAAAUCCCAAAAACCCAACUCGAAAACCCACGAGUUGUGAGAAUGUUAGAUGGUACCAUUUCCCAGACUGGUUGCAUUUGGCACCAGGUCCAUCUCACGGUUUCGGCCAAUGGCCAUCCCCACUCCAUUCCUUUUCUUGUCUGUCCCAUUGGGAACACACCUGCCAUACUAGGCAUGACAUGGCUCACUCAGGAGUCACCAUUGAUUGAUUGGUCCCAAGGCACAGUCACCUUCCCAGAACAAGUUCAGAUUGCAUCCAAAGAAGAGGCCGACCCAAAUCCAUUAGCCAACCUCCCGGAUCAGUACCAUGAAUUUGCUAAAGUCUUUGGCGAAGAAGAAUUUAAGGUCCUCCCCCCACAUAGGGAGUAUGAUAUAGCUAUAGACCUUGUUCCGGAUGCCAAACUAUCCCCAGGCCCCCUAUAUGGCAUGACUGAUGCGGAGUCCAAGGCGCUCAAGCAACACAUUGACAAAGAACUAGCAACGGGCAAGAUCCGCCCCAGCACUUCUUCUACCGGCGCCCCAGUCAUGUUUGUAAAGAAGGCAGAUGGAUCCCUCAGGCUGGUUGUGGACUACUGA